CCCGGCGAGCCGGCGCACGCCGUAGAGCCCCAGUGCACGCCCCGGCGCCGUCAUACACUGGCUGCGCACAUGGCACCGGCCAACCUCGUCCACAGCAUCCUCUUCGUCCAAUCAAGCUCUCUCCAGGACGCCGACGACGACCGACCCCCGGCCGCGAGAUGCCCGUCGCCGUAGACUCUGAGCGCGGUUUCUUCCGCGCCGCUCACCGUCGGCUGAGCGAGGCGCUCUCUGCACAGCAGGUGGACGAGUUCGCAGCCCUCGGCUCGGACGAGCAGCGCUUCCAGUGGCUGUGGGACCAGCGGCUGGCGCACGAGACGCCGUGCAGCUUCACGGAGCUGGGCAAGGACCUGGAGCAGGCCAAGCAGUUCAAAGAUGACGGCAACAAGGCCUUCCAGAAGGAGGACUACGCCACGGCCGUGCGCCUGUACACCAAGAGCAUCCUACACAUGCCAGUGGACUCCGGUGACCUGUCCGUGGUGCACGCCAACAGGUCGGCAGCGCUCUACCACCGCGGCCAGUACCACCUGGCGCUACAGGACAUCGAGCAGGCCCUGGAGCUGGGCUACCCCAAGCACUUGCUCUACAAAGUGUACGACAGACAAGCGCGCUGUCUACUGGCGCUCAAGCAGCACCUGUCCGCCAAAGACACCUUCCAGCGCACGAUCUCCGCGCUGGACGACUCCCCUCUGACGCUUGAGCGGCGACGCAAGUGGCAGAUGGACGUGCAGAUCAUGGUCAGCAUGUUCACCAAGUUCAAGGACAUCCGGGACGAGCCCCUGAGCCCUGCGCAGAUCGGGCAGCCCAAGGCGCCGCCGGCUCCCGGGCGCCUCCUGCGCGGCCCGCACCCCCGGCAGCGCGCGCACGGCAGGGGGCUCGUCUCGGCCGCGCUGCGCUUCCACGAGGCCCUGGACGAGGAGGUCGGCCGCCACGUGACCACCGACGACGACGUCAAGGCCGGCGACCUGCUGCUCACAGAGCGGCCCGCCGUGGCCGUCCUGCUGCAGGAGCGCGCCCUCACGCACUGCUUCGAGUGCUUCAGGAGGCUCCGCGCCCCGGUGGCGUGCCCCCGCUGCUCUGCCGUGCUGUUCUGCUCCGCGGCAUGCAGGACGCAGGCCGAGCGCACCCACCACGCCGUCGAGUGCAGCGUGCUGCCGCUGCUCUGGGCUUCGGGGGCCUCCAUCACGUGCCUCAUGGCCCUGCGCGCCAUCGCGCAGCUCCCCAAGGGGGCCGCGCCGCCGGCCUCCGUCAUGUCCCUCGUCACGCACACGGCGCGCCGGCAGACCGAGGACCUGCUGCACCGCGCGCACAUGGCCGUGUUCCUGGCGCGCUGCCUGCAGGCCGCCGGGCACGCCGGCGAGGGCGACGAGGUGCUGCGCACGGGCGGGCGCCUGCUCACGCUGCUGCAGCUGCUGCAGUUCAACGUGCACGAGGUGUCCGAGCUGGAGCUCAAGGUGCCGCCACCGCGCGGCUACGACUCGGCCACGUCCAACUUCGUGGGCGCCGCGCUCUACCCGACGCUCGCGCUCUUCAACCACUCGUGCGACCCGGGCGUCGUCCGGUACUUCAACGGCACCACGGUGGUGGUGCACGCCGCGCGCGGCCUGCGCGCCGGCCAGCCCGUCUGCGAGAACUACGGCUUCUGCUACUCCAACCGGCCGCGGCAGGAGCGGCUGGACGCGCUGCAGAGGCAGUAUUGGUUCCGGUGCUGCUGCCAGGCGUGCGAGGAGGACUGGCCGCUCCUGAGGGACAUGGAGAACGACACGGGCGUCAUGAGGUUCCGCUGUGACCCGGGCGGCGCCUCCACCGCGCGCUGCAGCAACGUCAUCAUCGUCCCCACCGACACUACCAACUUCAUGGUCCAGUGCAGCGCCUGUAAGCAGCACACCAACAUUCUCAAAGGGCUCAAGGCUCUUCAGGAUACAGACAGUAUGCUGAAAAUAGCACAGUCUCUCCUUUCAGAGGGAAACUUGACUGAUGCCUUGGACCGAUUCCUCAAGAUUCUUAGCCUACUGGAGGAUACUCUUGUUCCUCCAUUCAAGGACUACACUCUGUGUCAAGACAAAAUUCGAAUGUGCAUGGUUGCCCUAGGGGAGGAUGUUAUCGUUUCAGGCACAUCCUAGACCUCGCCUAAAAUUUUAAUAAAGAUAAUUACACAAA